AUGUCUGCCGAGAAGGUCAACCAACUCUUCUGGCUCAACUACGGCCAAGCUAUCAAAGACAAAGCCGGAGCGAACUUUGGUUCCACAGGGGUCUUCUUCCUUGCCUCCGAGACUCAGAAAGGACCUCUGGCUGGCAAUGAUGUCCUGGAUGUAUACACCAACAGGGGUAUCUAUGAUGUGGGCAACAACUUGCUCGCAACCGACAACCUCUUCUACACCCCAUCGAGCCUUCACGGUUAUGUGGAAGCACUCUCCACAUUCCUCUGGUGGGUGGAUCUCGGCGGCAAAUCCAACGUGAACCUCGACUCAGCAGAGCGACAGGCCCUGCUCGACCUCGACGCGUCGCAGAAGUGGCAGCUAACGGAGAUGCGCAAGGCCGCAGCCCAGUUCAAGGAGGAGAAAGAGCUGGGCCUCGUCCCGACUGGUGACUUCUACGACUGGGUGCAGAACGGCAAUGCCACGGCCUACAGCGCCGCCGUGAAGGACGUCAAGGACAAAGGCCAGGCUCUCGCCAUGAUCCAGGGUCAAAAGGCCGGGCCCAUGUCCCCAGCACGCGACGCUGAUCUGUCUAAACUGACAAAGGCCCUCGACCAGUCCAAGGACUACCCCGGCUUCAACUUCGCAUCCGCCAUGGGCAACCCGCCCAACCCGGCCGAGCUCAUCCGGAAGCAGAAGUCCGGCGAGAAAGUGCCGGACCCGCCAACGUCGCGCAUCCCGGUGUACAACGCGCCACUAUACAAGAAGGCGGUGCAGGACGCCAUGCAGUAUGCCAUUGACUCGAAGCACGAGCCCAAGAACUCCGUUGGCAUCGAGAUCGACCUGGGCAAGAGCACGUCCGACUUCCACUUCGGCCACACGCAGGGCGGCGCAUCCGUCGACGUCAGCUACGGCGGCUGGUUCAGCUUCAGUGCGAAUGCGUCCCACGAGGAGGAGUCGCAGACGCUGGAUACGCAUGACGAGGGCUCCGAGGUGAGCGUCAAGCUGCUGUACGACACUAUCGAGAAGGUGCCCAUCAGCACAGGCGACUGGCAAAUCGACGUGUCCAAGUACAAGCUGCGCGACGACGCGCCCAAGGACACCAGGACGCUGGCCAAGGUCAACGAGAUGGUCAUCGUGACCUAUCUGGGCUACGAAAUCACCGUCGGCACCAAGACGGCCAGCAGCCUCGACACCAAGUUCAAGCAGACCACGUCGGCCGGCGGCAGCGUCCGCGUGUUUGGCAUCCCCAUCGGCCUGGGUGGCAGUGGCAGCUCGACCGAGGAGCACAACACGCACGUGGCCAGCUGGGACAAUGCGAAGAAGACGUUCAGGGUCCUCCCGGCGCCGGACAAUGGGUUUGCAACCAUUAUCGGCGUGAUCGGUGAGAAGUUUACGCUUGCUACCUGA